GUAUAGAUGGCGAGUGGCAGUAGUAUCGUUUUGAAGCUCUCAAAGCGUCAUAGAACUCGAGCGGAAUCAUGCAAUUGUUUUGAAUUAAUUUAACAGUGAAGUUUUUAAAUCCCAUUCUUGUUGAAAUUUAAGUUAUCCAAGCUUUUCCUGACAUCCACAUAUCAAAAUUAAUAUGGGAUCUCCCAGAAGAGCACAACAGGACCAGGACAGCAGAGUUGAUAUCAAAGAUAGGCUGCAAGCAUUAGCAAAAUCAUCAAGUGGAGUUAAGAAAAGUUCAAGCUCAAACAAUGAUAGAACUGCUUCCAAAUCCCAAAACAGCAGCCAGUCUGGGAGAGACCGUGGAAGAAAUAACAAGCUUUCUAGUCGCAAGGAUUCCAUGGAACGUGUGAUGGAACGUGCAAGAACGGAAGGUGGGAACCGUUGGACAAAAAAGUUAUUAGACGAAGAAGCCAAAGAUCCUGAUCGUUGGGGUCACAGUGGAUUCAAAGAAAUGUACAAAAAUGAACUUGGCAUCAGUAGAAGUCGAAGAUCACGUUCUCGUGAGAAAACAAGCGCACGUCGUUCGAGAUCUCGCGAACGUGCCCAUAAAAUCGAAUCAGGACGGACCACAAGUAAUCGAGAAAGAAGUGGUGGUGGAGGAGUAGGAGGAGGGCAGCGCAAAAAUGUCCGUCCUCAGAUUAAACGUAGUUUUUCCAGCUCUGAUCGUAGCCCAAAUUCAGAUGUCAAAAGACGAUCUGAUUCGAGUAAACGUCCCAGCAACGGAGCUUCACACGAAAGGAAAUUGGUUUCAGACAAAUUUGCAAAAACAAAUGCCAGUCGAACGAGCAGACUUGAUUUGAGCAAGAAGCCAGCAGAAAAUCGACGUGAACUAGCGUCCAGGAAAGACAGGGUUGUGAAGAAAAACAGUCCGUUGCGAUCCCGCAGUCGUAGUCGAAGUCCUCUUCGACAGACAGAGAAAAAUAAUGGCCCAUCUAGAAAGCAGAUUGCUGGUUUGAAGACUAAAUCCAGCACGCGACGUGGGCCAGUCUCUCCGCCGGAACGUGGUCGCUCCUAUUCCGGAACGCCUUCUCGGUCGUCUACGUCCCCAAUAGCACGACGUCGGAACUGCUUGAGCGACGAUGCGACCAGUCGAAGCAGCUCUUCACUAUCUCAUUCAUCCUUUUCUCGAUCGUCGUCUUCUUCGUCAAGCAGCAGUGGAUCAUCGACUAGUUCAAGUUCAAAAGAAACUGGCUACCGCAAAAGAUCUGCCCUGAAACCCAAAUCUCCACCUGCUCCUCGUACGAAAUUGAAGGAGCAGCUCAGGCCAGCACAAGAGUUGCAUGCCGCAAAGCAAACUUCUGCCUCCAAGACUGUCAAACGCCCAAUUUCAGCUAGCAAUAAAGUUGUAUCGCCCGUGAAAAAGCGUCGUGCACUCUCAGAAUCAGAUUCAAGCUCCAACGAGUCUAGCUCUGAAACAGACGACGACGACAUGGAAGAAGGCGAAGAAGAAGAGGAAGGUGAAGACACAGGAGAAGGUCCCAAUGCUGCCAAGGAACUCAAAUCUGGAAACCUCGGCUCUCGCCUUUCGUUGUCGGAGAGAUUCGGAAAACUAGCCCAGUUGAGUUCUCAAAGAAGAAAUUUGGAGUUGGUUCAAUUGCGAAUCGUAGCUCCUGUCGGGGGAGCUGCGACGACUGAGAAGAACGUGAGCAUUGAUGAAGCUAGCGCUGCUCCAGUCAUAUCGAAUGCAAAAGCCGCAAGGGAACGUUCAAUCGAAUUAUCUCAACCGCCCAUCAAUCAUCACCAUCACCAUCAAAUUAAGCAUGUCCAUCCGCCUGAAGAACCGAUUCGAAAAGACGAACGAGCACGAGAUGACAGAUGGAGAGAUUGGCAUGAAAGAUACGAUCAGUACCGACACGUCCAGCCUCCUCGUCAGCUACCACGAGACUGGGAUGACAUUCGUGUUCGUCACAAAUAUUAUACAGAUCGAGGUUAUUUCGGCCACGAUAUGACGUUGGAGGAGUUGUCGCGAUGGGAAGCUUGGUGGCAUCGCUAUCAACUGUGGCGACGUGGCUACGAACACGCUUGGGUGAAAACUCACGGUCCACACGUCCCUGUCGAAUACCCUGACUGGACCAAUUAUAGAUCUACCAAUAAUCGAGGAGAAGUCGUCCAACCAAGUUCGAUGAGUUCUUCUAUUCGCAGCAGACUUGGAUGGAGACGAUAGCGUUUCGGCUGAUUAGCAGUUCUGACACAAGAGACUAUAGGAUAUUUUGGAACUAAAAGGAUUGUGUUUCUCGUUUGUAUUUUAUGGACUUUGUGGUAAGUCGUUUGGACUCCACAUGUAAGACUUUGUUUUAUCGUCUCACCGUCCGUCAGAAUCGACUUGAAUCGAACCGACGAAUUAAUUUACGAAUGGAAAAUGCUCCUUAGAUUUUGUACAGGGGCAGCAUAAUGCAGAUACAGUGAUAUAGCAAAUCAUAACAUCUUUAGUAAUAUACUAACUGUUCUGCUGAUUGUAAAGUGUGAUUUGACGCCACUAUUGUGCUUACUGUGUAUCAUUCAGGGUGCAAUAGAUCAGUUUUAGCGUUUUACAA